CGCCUGCGGAGGAGUUCCCGAGGGCGCCGCGCUUUCUUCUGUAGUGUAGAUUCUACAUGGUAAAAUGGAUAAUUUUGAGGAGGACUUAACUUGUUCCAUAUGUUAUUCUAUUUUCGAAGAUCCUCGUGUGUUGCCUUGUUCUCACACUUUUUGCAGAUCUUGUUUGGAGAAUAUCAUUCGGGAAUCAAGAAAUUUACCUCCUUGGCGUGCACAAAUCCCACUGAAAUGUCCAACUUGUAGAAGUACUGUGGAUCUUCCUCCAGUGGGCACUGGCUCGUUACCCAUAAACUUUUCACUGGUGGGAAUUAUAGAUAAAUAUCAGAAAGAAGAACAGUCAAAGACACCUAACUGUCCUGAGCACAAUCAGCCAUUAAACAUGUUCUGUCUAUUAGACCGUCGAUUGGUGUGCGGUUAUUGUUUAACAGUGGGCCAGCAUCAAAAGCAUUCUGUUGAUGAUCUCCAGAAUGCUUAUAUUAAAGAGAAGGAGAAAGCUAGCAAACUUGUUGACCAGCUAACUGAUAAACACUGGGCAGAAUUAUCCAUUUUCAUUGAAAAAUUGGAGCAUCAGAAAUUGCAAGCUGAACACAUCAUUCAAGGCGAACGAGAAAUUGUCAUUCAGUAUUUCCAGAAUCUUCAAAAAAAUAUAGAAGCCAAAAAGCUUGCUCUUCUGGCAAUUUUACAUGAUGUUAAUUUAAAAAUUACUAAUGAAUAUGGCCCAGUAAUACAGAAAAUGAAAGAGUUGAGGGAAGAACAGCACAACCUUAUAACAUUCAGCACAUAUGUAGAAGAAGAAGAGGACCCUUUGUUGUACCUUGAGAAAAUUCAAAUAUUACGGCAGAAGACAAGUACAUUAAUGAAAACAGAGCUUCCAGUUGUUCACCCAUUGAAUAUACAUCCACAAGCAGAACAAUUUCUUACUGAGAAAUGGUCAAAGGUCACAGUUGGCCACAUUACUGAAGCACCAAUUCUGCAAGCAAAGCAUUUAUUGGAAACUCAAUGGAAUAAAUGUAUUGCCAUGUAUAUUAAGCACACAAAAGUAUUUGCUCAAAGAUUUGUGAUCACAGUUGUACUUUCAUCCCUGAUACUAUUCAUAACCCAAAUCUCUCACAUUUUCAAGGAUUAUUGUGUUGAUGCCUUUAAUGCUGCAGUUUUCAGUUUCCCACAGCUGAACACAUUAAGUGAUAUCAUACUAGAAAUUUUUGCCAGAGUUUGUUUUUUGAAGGCUACCAUACAACAUUCUGUGCAACUACUCAUUAAUUUUUUUGCACAUAUAACAGACUUUCAUUUUAUUUAAUAAAUAUUAGGUUUUCAGUUUACUAUAAUUUGUGAAGUGAAUAUACUUAAGUGCAUUUUCAUGAGGAAAACAGAAUAAACUGAUAGGUGAGUUUUAGCUUUUUUUAAAAUAACUAUAGCUAAUAAGGUAGUGUGCAGAGUGAAGCUUUCUUUUAAAAAGAGGAAAUAAAUCUUACACUUUUUAGUAUUUUAUGUAAAAAUAACCUGAACUGUGUUUUUUUACCCCUAACCAUUUUAUAGUUCAUUGAAGUUAAUGUAAUGAGACAUUAUAAAGAGAAAAAACAAAACCAUGGACGUUUCUCAGGAUGAAACAGAAUAAAUAAAUGAAAAGGGGUGGAAAAGGGAUUUUCCCCCCUGCUCUAUUAUACUUUUACUACUCAGACUACUUUUAAAAGUUUAUGAUAUUGCUACAUUGGAUAAUUUACCAGUAUUUGCAAGAGCCAAUUUUUAAAAUCAAAAAUCUCAAUUUAAAAAUAAUCAGUACUUUAUCAGAAGUAUUAACUUUGAGACAUGGAAUUUAAAUCCUAAUUAUGACUGAAAAUGAAGCAUCGAUUUGUGUGGGAAUGAAACAUUCCUGGGGAGUGGGGUAUGGUGAAAAGCAGUGUGUGGAAGAAUACUUGAAAGCAGAUUACAUAUUUUGAAACUCUUUUGGGCUCAUGACUAUUUGGAUGUCUAUACAAGGUUUUCCCUCUGAACUAUGAAAAUACUGGUCUGGGUGGUUGGGGCAAUAGAAAAGGAAAUAACUAAAGGUGUAAUGUAAUUAAACUGGGAUAGAGAUGUAGCAAUAUCAGAGAGCAUAGGUAACAAUCAGAAUUUUACAUGACUAAUGUGUACAAGUAAUGACAAUUCAUAGAGAUUUAAGAUUUGUUGCUUACAAUAAUUAUAAAACGUCAAACCCUUGUAUGGAAGGUUAUGCAUAUAUUCUAGAACUGUAUCAUCUCUGGUACUGAGUGUUUGUAAUUUUUUCUGUAAUGAUAUUGAGAGACAUUAGCAACUUAAUAUUUAAAUAAGUAAUUGUGUACAUGAAUAAACAGCAAUAAAAUGGAAUUAAGAACAAUCAAUUCUCA